AUGGAUGCUUCCACACCAUCAACUGACCAGGAUAAUUUGGAGGGUACAGGCACUACAGGGAUACAUAUGGUCAAUGACAGCUUCGAUACGUCGUUUUGCAGAGACUCCUGGACCGAUUUACGACUAUCAUCCGAAGGCAUUUGGUUAAAAUGUGCUCUACAUCCCAAUAGCCCACUAGAAGGAAGCGGAGACUGUGGAUGGCGGUUGAUUUACUCGCCUGUAUUAGAAAAUUCACCUACCUUUGAACACAGAUGUGACAAGGACCAUUCUUACAGCCGACCAGCAACUGUCCGAACGAGUCUUGACUCUUCAAUUUCUCCUUCGGCAUCAACUUCCACCCUCGAGUCUAGUGAUACAAGCAUAUCUGCCACCUCUGUACGGAAAAAAAGCUGCAUCACAAACCUCAGGUCGCAGUAUUCAUUUACCAUGGCUUCAUCCCCGAAUUUACGACUUAGCCCUGCACCACCUCAUUCUCCCGUAUGCUCCAUUGUUUCAAGGAGCGCUUCCCCACGCGCGGUAGAGCUUGUGCAACUCCUGGAUCAUCUCAACUCCUUUUGCGUUCUUGACACGAAAUCACCAGGCAAUGCAGUUGUUGCCGCUUCCAAGGAUAUAUACUCUGCGAGUGGAAAGGGAGAAAAAUUCCCACUAAAUAUUAAUAUUCUCGAAGAAGAACCAUGCCCUGUGGUUUCAGGGUUCGAUGAAAAUGGGAAUGAUGUUUCAUACCUUAUAAUCGCUACGAGGUUGAUUACCGCGACUUCCGGGGAAUGCAAUUUACUUCUUACAACACUUCUUGAUAUCACAGACUUUCUGUACGCUGCCACACUAGAGGACCUAGAGCUAAGGCAGAACCCAAAGGCAUGCGAGGCUGAGAGCGGCAUAUUACCGAGCAUUAAUUCACGAGUCAAUCUCAGUGCUGCGGAGGUGAUUAAUGCUUCACCAAACCUCCCGGAUGAGAUCAAAGCGAACGGGGUACAUCGGAGUCAAACUCCUAUGAGCAUAGGCCCGUCUCAAACAACAGAGCAGCUGCUCGCGGAAUUUAGCGCAGAGCUUCUUUACAUCUACAAGGACAUAUUUAUCCUAGCGCGCUCACUCCAAGACAGCACGGUUUAUAAAAUAUCUCAUGUUUCACACUCUCUACAUGCCGAGGGUGAAUAUAUUCGCAGCCACCUAAAACACACCCCGACUGAAAAGAUGAAGCUCCUCAGUGAAAGUUUGGGAAAGAACACUCGAUUUGAUAUUGUUGUUAAUUGGGGAUAUUAUGGCGUAGAAAAGCGGCUAUAUUGUGUCCCAAUAUACUGCUGUGAAUCAUGGGAUUGGGUUUGUACGAUGACUGAUGUUGAUGUUCCCCAUCUUUGGCGUCAGAGUAGGAUUUAA